AGAAACCAUGGAUUUACAGAGAGAUCAGAGAAUGCAAUAUAAACCUACUUAACACGACCAUAGUCUGUGUCUUGUUUUGACAACCAUCCGUCUCUUGAAGACGUUCCUCUGUUCUUCUAGAAAGGUGCAAAUAAACUCUUGGAAAUGUCGGAAAAACGAAUGUCUAGCAGUAAAAAACACAGCCUGAAGGGCAUGAUGCUCCAGGUUGCAAAAGAGUUACUGGAAGCAGAGGAGACUGAGAAGAAAGAAGAGAGGAAGAGAUACAUGGAAGAACAUUGCCCUACGUUGUCAUACCCAAGCUCCAAACAAGAACUACAGGAAUUCUGCAAAGAGUUACAUGCAAAAAUCGAAGCUGUUGAUGAGGAGAGAUAUAUUUUAGAGCACAAAGCCAUCAUGGUUGUCAAUGAGGUUAAAGACUUAAACAUCAAGAUCGUCGACCUGAAGGGUAAGUUCAAGAAGCCUCCUUUGAAGAAAGUGCGCAUGUCUGCUGACGCUAUGCUUCAAGCUCUGCUGGGCUCCAAGCACAAGGUCUCCAUGGACCUGAGAGCCAACCUCAAACAAGUCAAGAAGGAGGUCAAAGAGGAGGAUAAAGAACUGCGUGAUGUUGGUGACUGGCGUAAGAACAUCGAGGAUAAAGCUGGUAUGGGUGGCAGGAAGAAGAUGUUUGAAACUGAAGCUUGAAGAUGUUGAUGAUGAGUAUUCCACAAUGAUCUUUUUAUUGGCUUGGAUCUGAAUAAAAUGUACCACUUAAAGGUUUUGUGGGAGCUGUUUAGUGGACAGUUCAAUUUAUAAUCCAUAGAAAAUGCCAGCCAAAACUUGAAUUGUUCUCUUGAACAAUGAAGUGUUCAGUUUGUAAUUCUAUACAGAUUGACUGUUUGCCAAAAUUAUGUUUUUUUCUAAAUAAAUAUCCCAACUGUAAUAA